UUUUUUAUUAUUUUUUUUUUUUUUACAUUCCCUGUGGUGGAACCUUUAUAUUCAGCCUUCGUUCAUACCGGAAGGUGAACACGUUUCUAGCGUCAUUUCCGCCUAUGCUACAAUGCCGUUUUGUUGCAUAUAAUGGGCACUGCACGCUUAAAUGGCCCAUCAAAUGGGUUUGGAAACGAGUAGUGGGAGUAGAAUAGACGUCUAGAGAGUCCCACACUGUUAUCUAAAACCUGUUCUCGGAAUACUAUGUUCAAAAAGAUGACUGAAUUUGGACCAGAUUCCGGAGGGCGCGUUAAGGGAGUGACGAUAGUGAAGCCCAUUGUGUUUGGAAAUGUUGCCCGUUACUUUGGAAAGAAGAGAGAGGAGGAUGGACACACACAUCAGUGGUCUGUCUAUGUGAAACCCUACAGAAAUGAGGAUAUGUCUGCUUAUGUAAAGAAGAUCCAGUUCAAGUUACACGAGAGCUAUGUAAACCCCUUGAGAGUGGUCACAAAGCCUCCAUAUGAGAUUACAGAGACAGGAUGGGGAGAGUUUGAAAUCAUCAUCAAGAUCUUCUUUAUUGACCCUAAUGAGAGACCUGUUACUCUGUACCAUUUGCUGAAGCUGUUCCAAUCAGAUUCCAGCGCCAUGCCGAAGAAAACGGUCGUCUCUGAGUUCUAUGACGAAAUGAUUUUUCAGGAUCCAACAGCCAUGAUGCAACAGUUGCUGACCACAUCCAGACAACUCACCCUCGGAGCUUAUAAGCAUGAGACAGAGUUUGGCGAACUGGAACAGAGGACAAAGGAGAAACUGGAAGCGGCAAAGAAGAGAACGAGCCAAGAAAUCACUGAGCUUAAAGAUAGGCUGAAAGCCAGCAGGGAAAACAUCAAUCACCUGAAGGGAGAGAUCAGGAAGCUCGAGGAGGACGGAGAUCAUAAAGAGCACUGAAAGGCACUCAAAAAUCAGACAAGAAUGGGACAUACUUCACUUUGCUUAAAAUAAGCAAACAAAAACCUUCAGCUUGACAGCUCAAGUACAAUCAUCCAAAACAUCUGGAACGUUGGUGCUUUUGAUUUAUGUCCAUCUCUGGAAUAAAAAUGUGUAGAAUUGUUUGUAGCUUAGUCAAGAAAUUUUGUGAUUUUUGGCCCCUUUUUAUGCACAGAUAUUACUGGGUAAUAAUAUCUGUGCAUAAAAGGCCCACACCUAUGAGUUGCUUUUCUUUUCAGUUUUUUUUUUGUACUAAUAUAACGUUUUUAUAUAAAGAAACUGGUAACAACAA